AUGAAAUACUUGUUUGACGGCAGUAAUAAUGAUGGGACUUCUAAAAAAGUUCCUAACCAAUUCGGCUCUGAUUUAUUAGUUCAGUGCGCUGAAUUUGCAUUGAAGACAUGUUCAUUGGAUAUAGCAAAGGAUUGCCUAAGAAUGUACCAUAGUUGUUUGCCAGUUGAAGAUGUCUGGAUGUGUAGAGCCCUCAUAUGUACCAUCCAAAUGCUGCCCAGUUUGAAUGUUAACUGCUUGGAUAGAGCAAACGUUCUUAUUGAUUCAACUCAAAAAGUUUUAAACAUCCAGAAGAAGAGACAAAAGGCCACUCCUUACGCUUAUAACGUAUGCAUCAUGUUCGCGAGAUUCUGCCGCCCGCUUCUGAUACCUAGCCACAUGAAAAUGUUAAUAAAGUCAUUUGAAAAUGUCAUUUCGUUUCUGGAUUCUUAUAAUGGUUGUGACCUAGCAUUUAAAUCACUCUGUCGUCAGUCCAAUUCAAAGGACGGCCAGUCUGUAAAAGUUGAAUUGAAUGAAAUUUUCAACGAUUUGAAACCCUUAACGUUCAAAGAGAUUCGAUGGAGUGAUUAUAACGACGAUGACAAUGAAGAAGGCCAUGAUGUCAAUGAUAAUAUCAUUGCUAAUAAAGGGAAAGAAGUAAACGAGGACUCCACAUUAUACCCGGUGUCAGAUGAUGUCAUAGGGUCUUUGUCGGCGUUAGUGAUCAUAAUCAUAAUCGCGUAA